UUCAAGGAAGUGAUGUAUUCUUUUUGCUACUCCAGGAACUAGAAACACUUUGGAAUGUAUUUUUUCUGACUGCUUAAAAUGAUUUAAGUACAAAGAUACUUGUUACAGAGAUAAUCACAAGUGUUAAAAACUUUGUUGCAACCUAACCUUUCAAAUUUGGACUUCAAUAUUUAUCUUUUUUUAGAACUUCUGUUCUCCAGGAUUCAGAAUGAACAGCCUUUUCUUGCUUCUGUUAGUUCUUCUUUUCAGUAAGGACUUUUCAGGAGUAGAUGGGAAGAAAUGGAAAGGUGAAGGUACAACACCUAACCUGGACAGCAUUAUAAUUGGAAGGUGUUAUGAGUACAUUAGAAUUGUGAAUCCUGCUGUUGGUGAGAAGAACUGUUCUGAGCUGCUGGAAGCAUUUAAGAAGGCUUUUAUGAACAAGGAUCCUUGCAACAUUUUACCAUCAGACUAUGAAUUAUUUAUUAACCUGUCACAACACUCAAUUCCACCUAACAAGUCUCUAUUCUGGGAAAACAACCAAUUUCUAGUCAGUAGCUAUGCAGCUAGAACUCGUCGAUACAUGCCCCUGGGUGAUACUCUAAUUGGGGCCUUUGGAGAUCUGCUGAACUGGUGUGGACAAGCAAACAACACUGAAGUAGAUGACUCCUGCCCGACCACAGAAGAAUGUGAAAAUAACGCAGUAGAAUCUUUCUGGCGGAUUGCAUCAAUCAAUUAUGCAAAGCAGAGUUCUGGAAUAAUACAUGUCAUGCUGAAUGGUUCUGCAACAGGAGGAGCCUAUCCACUUAAAGGUUUUUUUGCAGACUUUGAAAUUCCUAAUCUCCAGAAAGAAAGAAUCUCACAGAUUGAAAUAUGGGUUAUGGAUGAUAUUGGAGGACCAGAUCUGGAUUCCUGUGGAAAAGGCAGUGUACAAACAUUAGAAACCCAACUGAAAGAGAUGGGUUAUGACAUCACUUGCAUUGACAAUUAUAAAUCUGUAUUGUUCUUACUCUGCCUGGAUCAUCCUGAUCACCCCAGUUGUCCUGUUGUAUCAAAUAAGGAUUGCCUAAAAAUAUGGGAGACAUUACAAGAUGCAUUUAUGUACAAGAACCCAUGUAAUAUUACAACAGAUGACUAUCAGCCUUUAAUGGAUUUAGCAAGACAUCCUGUACCAUGCAACAAGUCACUGUUUUGGAGCAAGACAAAUGAACUGGUUCACCGUUACACAAAAAUUGACCACAAUUUCCUUACACUGGAGGACACCUUGUUGGGUUACAUAGCUGACCAGGUGUCAUGGUGUGGUGAUCCAGCCGGUCCAGGCAUUAACUAUGAAUCUUGUCCAAAGUGGACCGAAUGUGAGAGCAACCCCAGCACUGUAUACUGGAAAAUGGCAUCCAAAAUGUUUGCAGAAGAAGCGUGUGGUGUGGUUCAAGUGAUGCUCAAUGGAUCAAUAGAUGCUGGAGCAUUCAGAAGCAGCAGCAUAUUUGGCAGUGUUGAGAUCUUCAACCUAGACCCAAAUAAAGUUUCUACAAUACAGAUCUGGCUUAUGCACAACAUCGGAGGUCCUAAAAGGGACUCUUGUACAGGUUACUCCAUAACAAGGUUAAAAAGCAUCCUAGAAGAACGAAACUUCAUUGUCUCCUGUGAAGACAAUUAUAGGCCAGUUUGGCUUUUUCAGUGUGUGAGUGAGCCGGGCCACGAAGACUGCAGACUUUGCUUCUGUGGCAUACAGUGAAAUGCACAGUACUCUACACUAAGUCAUUCAUCAACUGUGUAUAAUAACACUCAAAAGGAAUACGUGGAUAAUUUGUAGAGUAAUAAAUAGAACACUUGUAUGUACAUACACCAUAGCAGAAGCAGAAAUUCUUGCUCUGGCACAAACAGAUGAAUGAAUGGAAACACUAUUUUAGGUGUAGUUACUGAACACUGCACAGCUUCCUGUUAUAUGGCUUCCAACCUCUUCAGCCUAAAGGCCAAACAUCCUAUCUCAUAAAGGUCAAGGCUAGGGACAGAUAUUCAAAAAGCCUAAGCCCUUGAUUCAAUCUUUGCAGCUUAGUCUAACCUGACUAGGCUGAACUGGUUUGAAACUGGUCAGAUAUUCUCUCUGGACUGAGGAAAUUCAGGCACAUGCCUGCAGUGGCUCAGACUAAACACCAGAGGGCGCUAGAGCAGCCCUCCCUUCCCUUCUGCAGGGAGCUGAGCUGAGAGGGGCAUGGCCAGGCCCCAGCAGGACUCUCUCAUUAGGGAGGUCUGCCUGCACCAUCCCACGCUUUUCCCAGCUGGCUGCUCAAAGGGCGGGAGUGUUGCCAGCCCUCGAGCCUGUGCUAGCACUGUGAGAUGGUGGGGGCAGGCAGUGCAGUGCAUGUAUCUGUUGAUGAUAUGGAGCUUUUCAAUCUUCUUCCCUGCUUCAUCAUACCAUCUGCAGCAAACUGACAGGCAAGCAAGCCAGCUAGGGGGUUGAUAAUAGUCUUUAUCACCCAAUUAGCAAAACAAUAGCCUCUCUCCACAUUACUUCAAACUUCUUAAACAGCUUACCAGCUGACCUGCUGAUUAGCUCCAAAAGCCCUAAGCAGUCACUGUUCUGUCUGCCUAUCCCAGUGAAAUUGGAGAGAGACACACACACAGACACCUCUUGGCAUUAGCUAGCAUACCACAUUCUGGCUACAGUCUGUGCUGUGGCAAAGAGGAGGAAGGGAUCUCUACUUAAGCAGUGAGUGGGGAGAGGGGGGUACAGGGAAGCCAGCAGACCCUGCUGUGCCUGCAAGUCUGUGCCAAGCUCUGGCCAGAGAGCAUAGAGAAAGGGCCAGCUCUGCUGUGGAGCAGAGAGCCUUGUCCAGCCCAGAGAGCAUGCUGGGAUGCUGAGGGACUCUGAUCUAACUUAAACCAGCGAGGGGUCUGGGACAGAUGUUGCAUAAACCAGUUUGAGCCAAAUCAGUUAAGUCUGAUACUACAUUCAGCCAGGUUUAUCUCAAACUGGUUUCAGCCAUUUUCAAACUGGUUUAUGUGCACUGAACAUCUGUUCUGUUACAGGUUUAAACCAGUUUCUGAUCACUUAAACCAGUUUAUGUGUAAAGUCUUUCCCUAGCCCAAAAGUUUGCAAUGAGUAUUUCAAGCCAGAUUUUCUGUCCCUCCAACUCAAGUUGGGCAAAGGAAAAGAAACCACUGGUAAGUCCCCUGGUAGAUGUAUAAAAGUGACAGUAAUCAAUUCUUUGCUCUCCUCAAGGCAGCCCGGCAGCACAAAAGAGCAUGAGCAGUCAGAACAGGAAGUGGCUGGAGCGUGCCAUAUUUUGCUGCCCCCCCCAUUUGGAACACGGUCCUUAGGGGAACGUUGCCAAAUGACAACCUGGAGACACCCACAGGCUAGUGUGAGCUGCACCAAUAGAAUCAGUUUCAGUUCUGCUGCUUCUUUUUUUCUCCUUUCCCAGGAUGCCUGCCUGGCUGUGUGGGGAAAUGGAAGCACUCCCCUCAGCUCAGGCAGAACCAACUGAGCCUUGGUCAUCUUCUCUUGGGGAGGGGGACUGGGGUUCCAUCUGCCUAGUUGGCAAGUAGAGAACUAUAAAUAUCCAGAACCACUUUUGUAUCCCUCCUUAGCAUGCCAUAAGUGGCCAGUGAAGACAAGGUGAAAGAAGCAGCUGCUCAGACACAUUCAACUAACCCUGGAGCCACUCUUGUGGUUUCAGGAUAAAGGGACUGGAGACAGUGCAGUAAGGCAGGAGAAAGCAACAGCUGAUUCCAAUACUGUCACUUAAAAAUUCCCAGACACAGCUCAUGAAAGGCAUUUUCAGUCCUGAAUUGAAUUUGCUUCCAUUUUACAGGCAUUGCAUAAGUUUUAAGAACACUUAUUAUAACACUGAAAAUAUGGGGCCAGAUUUUGGACCUUGGUUCCAGCCUCUUUGGACCACUUUAGUGACACAGAGGGAAUGGAGAGUUGCUGUAAGAGAGAUCUCUAGGUAUUGCAGUGCCAGUAUAGCCAACACUUUAGGGACAAGCAGAUGUGCAGCUCCCCUGUAUAAGUCAUGGCACUUCACAGAAAGUGCCAUGAGUUAGACUGAUUCUUCUGCCCCAACAGAUGUUAGCUCUUGGGUCAGAAGGAUGGGGGAUUGAGCUCCAAUUUGGACCUGAUCUAGGAAGAGAGGCUGCAUCUCUGCAGCCUCCUCCUUUAGCUCUGUCCCCCUUUCCACGCCUCUGGUGCUGUCUCAGGAUGGAAGGGGAAGAAAGCAGGGGAGGGAGGUCCUUUCUGGGGUUUCCCCAGCUGGUGCUGGAGUUGGGGGGUAGGUGGAUUGGAGCCCCCCCCCUCCAGUCCACCCUCCCCACUCUCCAGCACCAACUGGGCAACCCCCUGAAAGAGCUCCCUCCGCUCUCUUCCCCUGCUCCCAUUCUGAGAUGGGUUGGGCUGUGUCAGCUCAGCCCUGCUCCCAGUACAUACAGACACAAGUUAAUGGAGGCACUCUGCUUUGGAGCACCUUCAUCUGAAUGCGCAUGUAAAAAAGGGUCCAUAUUGUUGCGGGAUCAGGCCCUUGUAAAGCACUCUGCAGCUGCACACUUUGUUUGGUCAUGGCUGUAGAGCACUUUCAGGUGCUAGAUCAAGUACAAAUUGUCACUUCUCUCUGUGCUUUUUGCCUGGCUCCUAGUACAGAAGGGAGAUGGCUGGAAUGCAAUGUAACUUCAGCUGCUCUACAUAAAGCUGGGAGGUCUAGAAAACCUCAGGUUAGAAUACUAGGAAGGUCCUUAGAGAUGGUGUCUUUUACCAGGCUCUUCACUGUGCAGAGCUUGGCUUCCCCUGUGGAUAUAGGCCAUUGUGCUUACAUUAAGUAGAACAUUUAUUUUUCAAUUGAACUCUGAUAGGUAGUGACUGCUAUUAACUCAGACUUACAUUGUUAACCUUAACUCAGUUUAUUUCUGACAAAAGAGUUUGAGGAUUUGUCUUACUAUUCACUUUUGUACUGAAUUAUGCCAUAAUAUGAAACACUGAAUGUAAAAUUGUGAGGUAUUUUCAAAUCUCAAAUGGCAGCUUUACUAACGUUAUGGUUAGUUUUGGACUGGAUAUUAAAUACGUAAAUUAUUAAAGCAAGAGAGAGAUUAUCACAUGGAUUAUAACAGUGAGAAAAGUAAAUUUAUUUUGGAAGUUUCCAAAAUAAUGAUGAUAAUAAAGAAUAAAUCAGUCAA